AUGCCGUUGAACACCGUCGUUUUAGCGGCGGUUGCGUGUUUGCUUGUUAUAUCGUCACCGUUUGCCGUCGGAAUACGGACGGGUCCGGGGAGGAUCACGACCAACGGCGGCGGCGGAGGUAAUGGGUUUAGCAAACUGGGUCCGUUCAUGGAAGCUCCGGAAUACAGAAACGGCAAGGAGUGCGCAUCGUCAUCAGUUAAUAGAGAGAACUUCGUGUCGUCUUCUUCCAAUGAUCCUUCGCUUGUCCACAUCGCUAUGACGUUGGACUCAGAGUAUCUCCGUGGCUCAAUCGCAGCCGUACAUUCCGUUCUCCGCCACGCGUCGUGUCCCGAGAACGUUUUCUUCCACUUCAUCGCCGCCGAGUUCGACUCGGCGAGCCCUCGCGUCCUGAGUCAGCUCGUACGGUCGACUUUCCCGUCGCUGAACUUCAAAGUCUACAUUUUCCGGGAAGACACGGUGAUCAACCUCAUAUCGUCGUCGAUACGACAAGCCCUCGAGAAUCCGUUGAACUACGCCCGGAACUACCUCGGAGACAUACUCGAUCGGAGCGUUGACCGAGUCAUAUACCUCGACUCGGAUAUCAUAGUGGUCGACGACAUCACCAAGCUCUGGAACACGGCGUUGACCGGAUCGCGAGUCAUCGGAGCUCCGGAGUAUUGCCACGCGAACUUCACGCAGUACUUCACUCCCGGGUUCUGGUCAGACCCGGCUUUACCGGGUCUAAUCUCGGGUCGAAACCCGUGCUAUUUCAACACGGGAGUGAUGGUGAUGGACAUGGUUAGGUGGAGAGAAAGGAACUACAGAGAGAAGCUAGAGGUUUGGAUGCAGCUGCAGAAGAAGAAGAGAAUCUACGAUCUCGGAUCUUUGCCGCCGUUUCUGCUCGUGUUCGCCGGAGACGUGGAGGCGAUUGAUCAUAGAUGGAACCAGCACGGUCUAGGAGGAGACAACAUACGAGGAAGCUGUCGGUCUUUGCAUCCUGGUCCUGUGAGUUUGUUGCAUUGGAGUGGGAAAGGGAAGCCAUGGGUGAGACUUGAUGAGAAGAGGCCUUGUCCGUUGGAUCAUCUUUGGGAGCCGUAUGAUCUGUUUAAGCAUAAUAAGAUUGAGAGAGCUAAGGACCAGUCUCUGCUUGGGUUUGCUUCGUUGUCGGAGUUGACUGACGAUUCAAGCUUCUUGUGA